UAAGGGGUGUGAAGAAGAGAAUACCGACUAUCUUGUCUUCAGGCGAGAAAGUCACAGUGAUCAAUUCCUUAGCGGAAGUCCAGCUAAGCAAAAGCACGAGUUGAAUCGAAAACAGUCGUCGAAAAUAUGACGAGGUGGACCGAAAUCGUUUUACAAAGAACCAACGUCUACCUGAUAGCGUUUCUCGUUUUGUACGCGAAUACAGAAGCAGCACCGAUUGAUGUCGUCAUUAGCGAUACCACUGCCGCGAAUUAUCUAGCACAAUACGGAUACUUACCACCGAUAAAUCCAGAAAAUGGUGCUUUUUUAAGCGAAGAUAAGCUGACGAUAGCGAUAGAGGAAUUCCAAGCAUUUGCUGGUCUUAAUAUAACAGGUGAAUUAAAUGAAGAGACUGUUAAGCUUAUGGCUACACCAAGAUGCGGUGUUAAAGACAAAGUUGGACCAGCUGCCGAUGGAAGAUCGAAGAGAUACGCUCUUCAAGGGUCCAGAUGGCGUACGAAGAACCUAACGUACAAAAUUAGCAAGUAUCCAACUGGUCUCAACAAACAGGAAGUGGAAAAGGAAGUAGCGAACGCGUUCUCUGUUUGGACGGGUGAAACUGAUCUGACAUUUACCCGCAAGACAGGACAUGAAAAUGUUCACAUCGAAAUCAGAUUCGAAGUAGGCGAGCACGGCGACGGUGAUCCUUUCGAUGGUCCUGGCGGCACUUUGGCACACGCAUACUUUCCCGUAUACGGCGGUGAUGCUCACUUCGACGACUCUGAACGAUGGACCAUCAAAAGCUAUCGCGGUACCAAUCUCUUUCAAGUCGCGGCUCAUGAAUUCGGGCACUCGCUUGGCUUAAGUCACAGUGAUGUCAAGAGUGCCCUGAUGGCACCUUUUUACCGCGGCUACGAUCCACACUUUACUCUGGACCAAGAUGAUGUCGGCGCAAUUCAGGCUCUAUAUGGCACGAAAACUAAAUCGCCACGAGGAUCGCGACCUCCGCCGCCUGCCGAAGAAGAUCCUGAAUUGUGUAAAGAUCCAAAAGUCGAUGCAAUGUUCAAUACGAAAGACGGGGAGAUAAUUGCGUUCAAGGGAAAACAUUACUGGAAAUUAACAGACGAUGGUGUGGCUAGCGGUUAUCCUAGACGUAUUAGUAGCACGUGGAAAGAACUUCCGUCAAAUAUAGACGCUGCAUUUACAUACAGGAACGGCAAAACUUACUUCUUCAAGGGCACGCAAUACUGGAGGUACAUUAAUACAACUAUGGACGGCGACUAUCCGAAGGAAAUCAGCGAUGGUUUUACUGGGAUUCCUGAUAACAUCGACGCUGCUACCGUAUGGACUGGAAAUGGCAAGAUUUAUUUCUACAAAGGUACGAAAUUCUGGCGCUUCGAUCCAGCGUCGAAGCCACCAGUGAGAAGCAGCUAUCCUAAACUCAUCCAAAAUUGGGAAGGUAUUCCGAAUCACAUUAACGCAGCAGUAACGUACAAGGGCUACACGUAUUUCUUCCAAGAUAAUGCCUACUAUCGAUUCAACGACCGAUUGUUCAAGGUAGACGAUGCUAAUCCCGCCUUCCCAAGAUCAACAGCGUACUGGUGGUUUGGAUGCAAGUCCGCUAACAAAGGGACACUAGGUAAUGAUCGCUGGCCAUUCACAUUUACCAGUAAUCUGGACGUGGCUGAUACAUACGACGAUUACGGUAAUCUUGACAGCGUUGGUGACAUCAUUCUAGAUGCAGGAGGAACCGACGAGCUCGUCACAUCAUCGAAUCACCAUCGCGAAAACAACUCUGGGGCGUCCUCUUCGUUGUAUUCGUUGGAAAGCACACGGCAAUUCUUGCUCAGCAUUAUGACAGUGAUCGUCGCGAGGUUCAUCGUGGCUACGUAAAGGCAGCGUCGACUUAGAGAAGCGAUGCAGUGACAAUUGAAACUCGAAUCGAUGCACGGCCGCGAAAUGUGAUGAAAACGUGUCGGUAGAAUUUUUCUUUCCUUUCCAUUUUCGAAAAAAAGUGAAUGCCAAUCGAAAUCGUUGUUGGUGCGAAGCGAUUAGAAACCUAUAUGCUUUCGGUAAUUAAUAAGUAGAUAGUUAGAAAAUUACGACGAGAAAUAUAUUUCCGCCGCAAUGAAACUGUCGAGCUGCGUCGUUGCGCAAACGUAUGCGUGGCGCAGCUGUAUAGCACGUAUUUGAAUUUGCAUUAUUCAAAGAUAUAUAUUUUCUAUAAAUAUAUAAACAUUUAUAUAAUAUAUAUCUUUCAAUAAUGUUUCACACGCAGUAACGUAACAUGGAAUGUUCUACACUGCCUAUUUAUUCGCGUGUCCAUUAUUCGCAAAGACUUUAAACAUCAAAGGCACUUAUAAAUUCCUCGAGAUCCAAUCGUUUGAUUAGAUCGCGAGAUAUAUAAAAGGAUAUUCGGACAUUGCGACAUGACAAGCAAUAAUCGGAUUCUUUAUAUUGACAAUAUUGCAAAAAGUAUUUGUUGAUCAAUUAAAAGUGUUAUGUGAAUACUAUAGACUCUUCUACUUAUACACAAUGUAAAUCCUAAAAUAUUUUAUGUAACAGUAAGCAAUUACAGCCUAUAUGUUAUUUUCAUUAAAUAUCUAAUCUCAUUUGCAUGCGCAAUACGUUUUUAUAUGUAUAUGUAAAUAUCUAUACUUACUACUAGUGUCAUCGUUGCUGCGUUGCGACUAUUCUAAAGUGUCUUACGGUGCAAGUGCCUUAGAAAGUAUUUUUGUAAUUUAUACAACUCUCUGAAAAGAAUUGUAAAUGCCAGAUAUGUUCAAGCGCAACUUUUUCUAUACGUCAUUUCAA